AUGGCCGUGAUGGAUGAGACAAGGCUUCCCACGUACGAGGAGAGCAACAGGCUAGACAACUCCUCACCAUGUAUCGCUUCUUCCGAUGACUACGAGAUCGAUUGGAAGAAGCCCAAGCGCUUCAGGAUCCGGAUAGAACUCAACAAUUCGCGACUCCAGCAUGUUACCGCAGUUUGUUCGAAGCUCCUGCCACUGGUGAAGAGCCGCGUGAAGUCGGGCUUGGGCAAGACCACGAUCGUGAUGCUGCCAUCAGAUGACAGUGCAAGGACCAGAGGCAUCCUGACAGGUUACGAGCAUGAAGAUCUGCCGCUUGUCGUGCAGCUUGGAGGCCCGGCAGACACGGUCGAAUUCUGGAGGCAGAACGAGGCUUUGAGUAUGCUGCAAGGCCAGAUUUUCGACGCUCUGUCCGACGACGAGGUCCAACUGCCAGCACCGACCGUGCCUGAGCCGGCGGCCGCCCCACCCAUGCGCAGAGGGUCAUCGUGGUUCGGACGGAGACGCAGCCAGCCAGCUCAGUCAUCCUUGCCAAAAUUGACGACUAUCAGGUCGCCAGUCGAGGUCAAGGUCCUCCUCGAUCAUGUUUUCUUCCGCGCCGAAACAGAGUAUGGUUUGCUUGAGACGACGGAGAGCCGGGCUGUAAUCGUCAAGGUCAAUGUGUCGGAGCAAUGA